ACCCAGCGAUUUCGGCCAUGAAAGCCUUCGACAACACACUCUGAAAUUGCGGGGCCUUUGCCAGCACAAGGUGGGAGGGAGCAGCCGGGGGAGGGAGACAUGCCUGAAGCAAAGCGCGGCCUUGUAGUCGUUGUUUCCUCCUCGCUGCCUCUCUAUCGCAUUCGUGUUUGCAAAAAAGGGAUCCUCCUUCCGAGCCGCUCAGGGGAGGGAAGCUCCCAAUAUGGCGAAGCACGUUUUCCUCACAGGGCCGCCAGGAGUUGGGAAAACAACAUUGAUCCAGAAAGCAAUUGAAAUAUUGAAAUCCUCUGGUCUCCCUAUUGAUGGAUUUUACACAGAGGAAGUAAGAGAAGGUGGCCGGAGAAUAGGUUUUGAUGUUGUCACUCUGAAUGGAAGAAGAGGAAUUCUCUCUAGAGUUGGUGGUGGUCCUGCAACGGCAAGGCGUGAAUAUCGUGUUGGGCAGUAUAUAGUGGACCUAGCAUCAUUUGAGGAGUUGGCUCUUCCUUUGCUGAGAAAUGUUCAUCUUGACAGUAGUGCGGUGAAAAAGGUUUGUGUAAUUGACGAGAUUGGUAAAAUGGAGCUCUUCAGCCAGUCAUUCAUUCAAGCUGUUCGUCAAUUGCUGAGUGGAUCAGGAGUUGUGAUGCUUGGAACCAUCCCGGUGCCCAAAGGGAAGCCCCUGGGGCUCGUGGAGGAGGUUAGAAGUCACAAGGAGGUGAAGGUCUUCACUAUUACAAAGGAGAACAGAGACAACAUUUUAGAAGAAGUUGUGAAAGCUGUACGGAACUGCUUGAAAUGAUACAUUUAUGUUUAAUCAUAUUAAGUCAUGUUCUUUGUAACCCAGUACAGCCUCUCUUGGUAUCUUUGGGGUGUUAUUGACACUGACUGUGCAGGUAUUGAACUGUUGCACAUGCAUUACUAGCAGCUGAUUUCAAGAUCAAAUUUUCUCUAUUUAUGCCAAGUUAUUGAAUACAUGAUUUGUCACAUUGUUAAAAGUCCACUUAUGUACUGAAUCCUAUUGAACGUUGGUCCUGGCAAGUUGUGAAAAAUUUUGCACUAUGUUGAAUCUGAAACUGUGGAACUGAGCUUAGGCUUUUUUACUAGUAGGAAAUACCUUUCUUAGUAUGAGAUUUCCAAAGAAUGAAUGGCCUUGCAUUCUCCUAUGCAGAAAACCAAUACAGUGCAUAGCUAAGCCAGCUUGCCAUAAGGUAAACCACAAUGGGAAAAUACGGCCUAGGAUCUGGAUACAAGGAAAUUGUGCACAUAAAUUAUUAGCUAAUUCCUAUUUUGCUGAUGUGACAAUUGACAAUUAUCCCAAUAGCCAGGUGGUGUGCUACUUCUUUGAAAUUUCAAAUAAAUAUUGUUUGAGAGAAAUCUCUUAUCAAUUAAA